AUGGAAAAAGACAGUUUCCAGCAGUUAGAACUAGAGAAGGGUAGACCUUCCAAAAGGAGGACUCCCAAAAGAGUUAUCCAUUUUGUUGAUGGUGACAUCAUGGAAGAAUAUAGCACAGAGGAAGAGGAAGAAAAAGAAGAACAGAGAACAAAUUCAACACUUGAUCCUUCUAAACUUUCAUGGGGGUCCUACCUAUGGUUUUGGGCAGGGCGAAUAGCAAGGACCUCAUUUUCUACAUGUGAAUUCCUUGGUGGAAGAUUUGCUGUCUUCUUUGGUCUUAAUCAACCCAAAUACCAGUAUGUGUUAAAUGAGUACUAUAGAACACAAAAUAAGGAAAGUGACAAGGAGAGUGAAGGGAAUGGAUCAAAGGCCCAACCAGCUAACGUUCCCAAUGAAAAGUGUCACCUGGAGGCUGGGGGCCAAGAGUAUGGAACGAGACGACAGGACAUUGCCGAGGGCAUUCCUCAGUGAAGUAUCUCAUCCAGCGAGGGCCUGAUGGCAGAUUCC